AUGAGCGCCCAUACUGGCGAAAAACGAUUUUCAUGUGAAUUAUGUUCAAAGACUUUCACUAAAGUUUCAAAUUUGAAAGCACAUGUUUAUGUGCAUACCGGCGAAAAACCGUUUUCGUGCGACAGUUGUUCAAUGAAAUUUACUGCGGAAUCAAGCUUAAAGAAACAUAAAAGAGUACAUACUGGCGAAAAGCCGUUUUUAUGCCAGCACUGCCCAAAAGCAUUUGCUCGCUCUUCAAAUUUAAAAUCCCAUUUGAAGAUCCACAUUGGCGAAAAAUCUCUUUCGUGUGAACACUGCUCAAUAACAUUUUCUGAUGUUUCAGAGUUGAAAAGACAUGUGAGCGCCCAUACUGGCGAAAAACAAUUUUCGUGUGAACACUGUUCAAAGGUGUUUUUUCAUAGUUCAGACUUCAAGAAACAUAUUCGAGUUCAUACAGGCGAAAGGCCAUACUUGUGCGAAUGUUGUCCAAAAGCAUUUCGUCAAGCCGCGAGCUUGAAGAGUCAUAUGAGGACUCAUACUGGUGAAAAACCGUAUUCGUGUGAGCUUUGUUCAGAAGCAUUCUCUCAUGCUCUAAGCUUCAAACAGCAUAUGGUAAGCCAUACGGGUGAAGCAGCUCACUUGUGCCAGUACUGUUCGAAGUACUUCCCAUCAGCUUCGAAAUUGGACAGACACAUCAAGACCCAUACUGGUGAAAAGCCAUUUGCGUGUGACAUUUGCUCAAAAGCAUUUUCCGUUGCUACAGACCUGAAGUAUCACGUGAGAAUCCAUACCAAACCCUUCGCCUGUGAAUUUUGUCCGAAAGUAUUUCGUAGGACUACAGAGUUAGAGGCUCAUAAGAGGGUUCAUGUUGGUGAAAAACCCUUUUCCUGCGACCGUUGUGAAAAAACGUUUUUUCGACGUUCGCAGUUGAAUAAACAUGCACUAGAAGAAAAUCAUAUUUCUCUGAAUGCGGCACAAAAAGAUCCGGAACUUGAGAACACACACGUAAAUGUGCCGGAAGAGGAGACAAUAUUAUCGUAAAUUUUGUUGAAAAUUUUUUUGAUAGUGAGAUUGUUGCGAGGUGCUGUUGGGGACUUCCAAUGCAGCCAAAAAAUCUUUGCAUAAUUACUGAAAAAAGGAUUUUAGAUCUCGAUUGAAGACAUACAAUAUGCGUCCACAAAGUUUCAAGACUGGUGUCAAAACAAAUAUGUAUGUAACCUUUUUUCUGCAGCAUACUAAAAGUCUUUCAAAGAUGGCCCUUGCACAUCAAUGCACCGCUGCCAGCGUUUUCCCCGUUGUCCGUUCAUAGGCUAGUCUCCCUUUUACUCUUCACGGCAAGGGACCUCUGGAAUCAUGCGAAUUACUUCCCAUCCAGCUAUUUUUUUGACUUGGGAAAACAAUGAGAAGUCGUUUGGAGCUAGGUCGGAGCUGUAUGUUGGCUGUAGCAUUGUUGCCAUGUUGAACUUGGUUUGAACACGACGUGCUACAUGCGAAAGAGCCGAAACGCAAUCGUCUUUUCUCUUCGAACCUUCUAACGGCGGAGGACUCCAGCAUUUUCAACUCUGAGUUAUUGACGAGGGUCAUUGACACCCGCUCUCACCGCUAACGAUCUUCUCACUCCAAUUUAACUCCUCAGAGGCAACUGCCGCUGGUGCCAUCAGUUCAUUGACACCCCCCAGGCUCACUAAAUCGCCCUGUGUGAAUGGUCUUUAUACCUGUUUUUGAAAAACUACAGUAAAGAAGACACAUUGGUGACUUCAAUCCUGAAAAAUGACUAUAUUCUUAAAGUAGGUGCUCCAAAGCAUUUUCAGACGCUUCAUGGGGUCGUGUGAAACUUUAUACUGGAGUUACAUAUUUUCUAAUGAAUUUUGGUUUCAAGGUGCUUCAUUCAUGUGUCAGAGUAUAUCCUGAUGAAAAUUCAUGUUUAUAUGAUCUGACACUAGUUUUGCUUUCAAAAUAUUCUCUGUUUGCUGAAAUUACAAAUCAUAACCAAUGUUUUGUAUUUUUGUGUUUUUACUUAUUUCAAUGAAUAUAUUCACAUAUGAGGCAGUGAGAAGUAAAGGGAUAUAAAUAGUCAUUUUCAAGAUUUCAGUAAAAUGCGUUUGAAGUUACUAUUCUAGGUAGGCUUUCAUUGAAAAUUAUGCUGUAUAGCAGCACCUACUAGGGCUACCAGAACUAAAAUCUUGCCCCAAGACAGAGAUGAGGUUCACCUACCAUUUGGACUGGUUAUCUCCAAAUUUUUGAUUUUGGCACUUACAUCCCUUUGCUUCUCACUGUCUCAUAUGGUUUUGGCCGUUAAACUUUAAAUGCAUUGCAUAAAACAAAAGCACAACAUUUCUUUUUCUCCCUUGUUUAUUAUCAAAAGGUUCACAUUAUUCAAGAGCAUUAGAAUCAGGUUUGUGUCAUAAUGUGCCUUGCUUUGUUGUGUGUCAUAAAAUACUUUUCUUUUAAAUGUGCUUCUUUUUUUUAAUUUACAUUUCACGUUCUGUAAUUUUACCUUUGCAUUUUUUUCAUCAAUGAUAGUAAAUUUUGAAUGUAAA